AUGAUUAUUGUUUCCAGAUAUGCACUGUCGCUUGAAAAUAAGAUCGCCGACUUAGAGUCUCAAAUACCGGAACACUCAUCGCGCCAUGAAUCGCAAACUUCAGAAGGCUGUUUUGCGGAAGAUUCACAAUUACCAGUCAGCGAAACAUCAGAGACGGCGAUUCUGGAGCCGGAAGAAAAUCAGGAGCAAGUUACUCAUUGCACGGCUGAUCCAAUCAUUGCCUCUGCAUCAAAUGAUCAUUCUUGCAACUCAAAUACGCAAGAAACGCAGACUUUUGCUGUUCCAAGGUGUCCCAGUCCGAGCAUCCCGCUCGCCUCACUCCUUCAACCAACAGUCUCAUCUGCGUUCUCGUUGCCCAAUGAUCGCUGUGGCCAUGCCAGUCUUUUAAUCAGCAUAUUGGCUACACUCACGAGUGGAAAUCCUUGUGGACUUCCUACCGCCGAGAAAAAUACCUUCCAAACUGUUCAUGCGUCUAAUUCUAUGAUAAGCCAAAGGAUUGAGCCAAUGCAAGCAACUCGGCUCUCAAACGAGGUCGAAGAUUCGCUUAUCCGAAUUUACCUGGAAAGAGUCAAUCCGCGAUAUCCAUUUCUUCAUGUGGACACCUUUCUAGGCUGGUAUAAAUCAUGGAAAACGCGCAGGUUGGUAGAGCAGUCUGCUGAUAGAAAGGACCUAUGGAAGGACUUCUUCGUGACGAUGGUUCAAUCCGUCAGCAUCCUCCUGACUCCACAAGUAUCCUUGAAUGAUAUUGCAACAUCCCAGCUUCUAUACAACACCGCAAUAAAAUAUGUGCCGUUCGUUUUCGCCAAUCUUGAUCCAAUUCUACAAGCUCAGGCCUACCUUCUUUUGACAUUGCAUGCCCUUCACUCACCGUCAUCCGAAAUGAUAAUUACCAUGGUGUCCACUGCAAUGCGCCAUUGUGUGAUUCAUAAUCUUCAUCUAUCUGAGCUAGAGCCAAAAGUGCCUUUUCCAGCCUUUUCGCAGCAAGUCCAGAUCCGACGCCGAGUGUUUUGGUCAGUAUAUGCGUUGGACCGACUCGUUAGCUGGAUUUAUCACAUCCCAAAUAAUAUUAUCGAUGACCAUAUUACAGUAGAGCUAUUUUCAAAUGUGGAAGACACGAAUCUUCAUUGGGAUACCGCAAAUAUGAACCACCCUCCAACCCAGGACCUUUUUCAGAAAACGCGAAUAUCUCCGGCGCUCCAUCUAAUACGCUGCAGAUGCAUUCAAUCCCGAAUUAUUACCACGAUGAUGCGAUCUGAUUUCCAUCGAAUUGAUUCUUCAACGCCUUGGAGAGGGCAUAUGAUAGACGAGCUAGAAAGCUGGAAGUCUCAGGUGGAGCGCCUAAGUCACAGAGCAAAUAGAGGCUACCUGAGUGACCGAUGGGUAGGCAUGGCAUAUAACUACACGAUCGCCCUUUUACAUCAGCCCUCUAAAGCCAAUGUCUGCAAUGGAUUUGGUGAACGGUCAAUCGAAGCUGGUGUCCAGAUCGCUUUGACAUUCAGAACCUUUCAGAAGGAUCGACAGACAGCACAGCUAUGGCCUGGGCUUCUGAGCCAAUUUACUGUUGGCGUCACCAUUUUGUACUGCUUCUGGGCAACUCCACCUGCGUACCGCUCUGCAACAUAUAAAAAACCAAAUGUGGCAGAGGCAUUGCGGGCUUGCUCAACGGCUUUGGCAAUUCUAUCGGAACGUUGGGUUCAAGCAGAGCCCUUGCGAGAUGUUUUUGACGUGCUCGCCAAAGAAAUUCCGCUAUAUGAAGUACCUAAUACCGUCUUUUCUCCAAGGAGUAUUACUACCGAAUCCGCCGAUCUCAUCAAAGUGAAGAUGGGCGUAUUGGAGAACAUCGUUAAGAACAGGGUAGUUCUUCGUAUGCUCCAAGAAAUUAUUGCAGAGGAUUUUCCAUCGAGUCCAAAUGCUACUUUCCGACCUAGGCAUUUAGAAAAAGAUGGCACGCUCGAAAAUGGAGGAGGGCAUCUGUGCUCUGAACACUGUGCGCUGUUUCACGGUACACCGUUUCUGGACUCCAUGCCGAAUGUGACUCACUCUGCAUCCGACGGGGAAUUCGAUGAAGCAUAUGCAGGAUAUGAAGAGAACUUAGUAUUUCCUGAGCUGUUUGGUUCGGCUGAGUUCUAG